GUCAAGGUGGGUUGCUUUCAUUCCCAAGUUCUGUUCUUCUGGCCGCUUACAAGCUGGAAGUAUUUGUUACAGGAUUUGAGGAGAGAUGGACUCCAGCUUGGGUGGAGCAGAAGGCAAGGCAUGGGGUGUGUUCCAGAGAACCUUCCACCAGGUCCAGUUCCUGCUGGACCACAACCGGCUGCUCAUCAAGGAGAUCAACGUCAACCAGGAGUCCCAGAUCCCGGAGAGCCUCUCCCGAAAUGUGAUGCUCAUUAAGGAGCUCAACUACAACAUCAAGAGAGUGGUGGAGCUCUACGCCGGCCUCCCCACCUCUUUUAUUCGCAGCUUCAGCAAUCUCCCUUCGCAAGUCACUGCUGCUACCGGAACUUAUCCAGCGGAGCAAGGCCUCAAGCGAGCUCGCUCCACUUAGUAAAGCGAAGAUCGCGAUCUUCUUGUGGAUAGAUAGCUCUGUGUGAAUAGUGUGUGUGAGCCUGUUACAUAAAGAAAGGAAAGAGAAAAGAUCUGAUCUCACUUGGUUCGUA